AUGCCUCGAACAUUGUUGCUGUGCUUUAUUCACGGGUUCAAAGGAACCGACGAUACCUUUCACGACUUUCCAUUCGACCUGAAAAAAGCAGUCGCCAAACAACUCCCCGAUGACAAGGUCGAAUCUGUCGUCUAUCCCAAAUAUGAGACGACAGGCGAGCUAGUUCAGGCCACCGAGGCCUUCCUUGAAUGGCUCAAGGAACGCGUGAUGGACAUGCGGAAAAAGAACUCAGAAAAGCCAUGGCCGGCCAACGACAGGGAUGUUGGGGUCGUUCUUGUCGCUCAUUCUAUGGGAGGCUUCGUAGCGGCGGAUUCCUUGUUUCUGGCUCUCAACGAAAGAGCCGCCAAUUCAAGCGAAGACGACUUCAUCUUCCCCCUCAUCCAAGGCAUUCUAACCUUUGACACGCCAUACAACGGUCUUGCACGAUCCAUGUUUGUCUACGGCGCCUUUUCCAACUACCAAAAGGUCAACAGCGUCUUCAACGUCAUGACAGCUCUUUCUGCCGCUGCACCUGCUGGCCUCGCACGACUCAGUGCCCGGCGUGCGGCAACUUCAAGUGUAGCCGCCACGGGAAGUCCUCAGUGGAAAACAUGGCAAUUGGUCGCCGUUAAAACGGGCACAGUCGGUGCCAUCGCUGCUGGUGGUGUUGCCGCUUACAUGAACCGCGAGGCCAUCAUGAAAGGCAUGCGAAGUGUCAAGAACAUCAACAAAGAAUCUGUCGUCGAAGGAUACCGUUCAAGUAUGGACGCCCUUGGACAAGGUCUAGCCUACAUCAACCGUGGCAAUGUGGGCAAGUCAUUCGCUUGGCUCUCGGACCACUUCACCUUUGUCGGUGCCCUGCUUAGACAAAAGGAACUCAACCGUCGGCUAGAGCGCAUGGGAGCACUCAAGGGCAUUGGUAUCCAUGACUUUUACUGCUCCCUUGGUGAAAACGGCUACUGGAGCGGAGGCUACUUUGUCCCCGAGAGAACCUUUUGCGCCGUGCCCGAGGAGAGUCACUCGGCAUAUCCUGUCUUUGAGAGAUGCGUCAUGCCAAGAGCGGGUGAUGAGAUUGAAGCACAUCUCAACAUGUUCAAACCAGAGAAGCACCGAGGCUACGAGGAAAUGACGGACAAGUCAGCCGAGCUAGUCAAGGAAUGGUUCCUCAGCGAAGAAAAUGUCGUCGAUGACCCCCAGUUCCGCGAGACGCCUCCCGAGGAAGUUGCCGAAGAAAAGACAACCCAGGAGAUCCUAGAGAAGGGUCCCUCUCAAGAGGAGGAAGGCGGAAAGGCCACGGACGGAGAGGAGAAAGCAAAGGAGAACGAGCUUCCCGACGAGUCUCCUAUAGAUAUUGCAGCCGCUGCCUCUCUUGUCCCACUACCCGAUGACGAAGGCGACUUGAUUGGAGAUGCAAGUCCUGAGAAUGCCGACACCCAAGAGAAGAGAAAUUACCUCAACUACCUCUUUGGGGUUGCGCAGCAGGCUGGCACGGGUAUCAGCGAUGUGAAGGGUUGGCUCCCGAGCAAGAUGCCUCACAUGCCAAGCAUGCCUAGUAUGCCCGCAAUGCCCAAGGUUCCCGCUGCUGUCUCCUCGCUUGGCAAUGUCUCGAUGCCAAGUGUCAACAUUUUCUCAAAGAAAGGCGAAGAGACUCAGCAAACCGAGAAGGAGUCUCAGGAGGCUGAGAAGAAAGAAAACGUGGGAGGCGAAACAGUAGGCAAGGAAGAGGCGCAAGAAGUGGCCCCAGAGAAGGAGGCCGGUGAGAAAGAAUUAAAAUCUAGUUAG